AUGCCAAACAGGUUUACCCGCCCACCGUUCAAUUGCUACGAUGGGAAAAUUGAUCCAAUAGAGCACGUCAAUCAUUAUAUUCAGAUGAUGUCUUUGCAUACUCAUAAUGAUGUGCUGAUGUGCAAGCUAUUUCCUUUGAGUCUGGGACUAACUGCUUUAAGGUGGUUUGACGGGUUACGGAAAGGAUCCAUAUGUAUUUUUUCCGAGCUAAUUCAGGAGUUCAGCAUUCUGUUUGAUACCUGCAGUCGAGUGCCUCCACCGGUAGAUGCGCUUCUGUCAAUGAAAAUAAGGGCAGGAGAGACCCUCCGUAGUUAUGCCAGCCAGUAUUGGGAACUAUACAAUGAGAUAGGUGGGGAUAACAAAAAGGUCGCAGUAAGCACUUUUAGGAUGGGGUUGCCCGAGGAUUCCGGGCUACGAGAGUCGUUGACCAAGAAGCCUCCCGAAGGCAUGCGGCAGCUUAUGAGAUGCAUUGAGGAAUAUAAGCGAUUAGAGGAUGACUGGCUGCAGAGUGAAGGUAAAGCACCAAUGAUGAAUCAUCCCCUGAAAACUGUUUUUCCGUUCAGAUCUUGGGGGGGUCUGACGAUUCAAGAGCCGACCACACAGAUGGGAGAAGUGAAUGUGACGUUUAAGGAACCGGUACACAGGAUUCUUGACCGGAUCAAACACGAGCCAUAUUUUCGAUGGCCGAACAAGAUAGAAGGGGACCCAUCUAGGAGGAAUCAGAAUCUGUACUGCACUUAUCACCGGGACAAAGGUCACACUGCCGAACAGUGCCGAGUGUUGAAGGAUCACCUCGGGCAAUUAGUCAAGGCCGGGCAUUUAAAAUAUUUCGUGUUGGACUCAGGGGACAGAAUCGUAGGGCAAGAUACUUGGCAAAGGGGAAACCCUCUCUUACCCCCUGUAAGGCUGAUUGAAGUUAUCCAUGUUGCCUCGGAAAAGCUCAGUGCAGGAAGAAGGAAAUGA